AUGUCCUAAUAAGUAUAAUGGCCAGUAUAUUUGGAAAAUGAUGUAUGCGAUAAGUUUUGGAACCGAGGGGAAUGUGUUUUGGAUGGUGAAAUACUUAUAACUCAAUAAUUGAGUAAGACAGAUAGAAAAAAUUAAGUAAUCAAGGAGAGAACUUAUAUCUUGACUGGAGGAGGAAUGUUAUGCUAUUAGAAAAAUAAUAACAUCAGAUGGUUGUUGUUGAAUUAUCAGAUGAGUGCUAAGCUAAUUGAUUUGAAGAUCUAGAAUAAGGAUUAGGAUCUAGUUAAAGUGAUUAGAGUAAAGAGAAAUUAAUAAGUAUAUUCCUAUUUCUGGAAUGCAGAUUUGUAAAAGUUUAAAAAUGAUUCUUCAGUUAGUAAACUUUCACCUUCUUCAAACGAUUAACAGCAUUUUGCAUUUGCUAAAAUUUUGAAUUAGCUUUAUACUAUCUAGGAUUUGAUGGGUAAGGGUGGAUACUCAAAAGUGUACAAGUUGUGUCCUUUGAAUAAAUAAUCAUUUUAAAACUAAUAUUAUGCCGGAAAGGUCUAUAAUAAAAAUGAAUUGGCAUAAAAGAAAAAUCUAAGUUGUUUAGCCUAACUGGUCAAAGCUGAAUGUGAAAUUUUGAAGCAAGUCAACUCUCCCUUCAUAUUGACGUUGUACGAAAUAAUCUAAUUGGAUGAGUAAUUAAUUUUAAUUACAGAAUUAUUGCGCAGUGGAUCCUUGUAUAAAUUAUUAAAAGAGAAAGUCAGAAUUUAAGAGUGUGAGGCUAGUGCGAUUAUCCACAGAGUUGCCUUGGGACUUUAGGCCAUUCAUAGUUUAGGAUAUGUGCACAGAGACAUUAAAUUGGAAAAUAUUCUCAUAGACAAGGAUCAAAUCAAGAUUAUUGAUUUUGGAUUUGCAGAAUAAAUUAAUAGAGAAUUCUUGACAUCUGGAUAAGGUACUAUUGGUUAUAUGGCUCCAGAAAUUUUCACUCAUACACCAUAUACUGAAGUGGGAGAUGUUUUUAGUUUGGGUGUUGUUUAUUAUUUAUUAUUGACAGGUAAACCUCCAUUUAAGGGACUUAAUUAAGAAAACGUUAUCAGAGCAAAUAAAAAAUGCGAAAUAGAUUUUAGUGAAUAUUGUUUUGUUAAUGUAAGUCAAAAAACCAUACAGUUGGUUAAGGGUAUGUUGUAGAAGAAUCCAAAAUAAAGAAGUUCCUUAAAUGAAGUCUUAUAGAAUUUGAAAAGUCAAAAUCUACUUUCAGAUAUGGUCUAUAGAUCAAUAUCAGUUGAAGGAUCUCAACUAACUAAGCAAGGAGGGAUGCGAUCACUCUAUUUAUAGAGCCAAUGCUCUCAAGAGUCUCCAAGGAUGCAGCAUAAGCAAUCCAAUUUGUUGAAUAUCACAUAAACGUUGGAGAAAUUUGCUGUGAAGGCUAGUUCAUUUCGUCCUUCGCUCUAGAAUAUUGAAAAUUAUUCUUUUGACAGUGAUGACUUGGAAGACAAUAGUUUGCCUCAUUUUGUUUUGGAAUUUCUUCAAAUUUCUAACUUAAUUUUGAAUUAAUCUAAAUUACCUUGA